UAAUCAGGUGACUUGGAUCAGCUGACUCCUUGCAAAAAGAGUAUGGGCGAUUAGAUAGAAAACCCAAUGAGUAACUUGCAUGGCAAAAAUAGAGCUGUCUUGCAGCUGUGUAAAGCAAUUGCGUGUAGCUUGGAGAAUAUAUCAAGAUAAAAGAAGACCGUGCCAUUACGCAUAAGUGCGUUGUCCAACUACACCAUGGAAAACGGACCAAGUACCCAUAAUGGCGAGGAGAAGCAGAUUUGGGAGAGACCUUGGACACUGGAGGAGAUGCGGCAGAACAGUGCCAGCUGGUCUUUGGCAGCCGAUUCUGGGCUCUUCCUGUUCUUACAAGACUUCUCCCAGAGGAUGCUGUCGAAAACCCAUGAGAUUGAAAAACAGCUUGAUGGUCUCAUCCGUGACACUAAAGCAACUGACAGCUGCCUUCACACAGUCUUCAAUGACUUCCUCAUGCUGUCAAACACACAGUUCAUUGAAAACAGGGUAUAUGAUGAAGAGAUUGAAGAGCCUCCUGCAAAGGCUGAAGUACCUGAAAAAGCGUCUGAGCAAGAGAAAACACGAGAACAGAAGGAGGCUGAAUUGAUUCCUAAAGUGCAGGCAGCUGUGAACUACGGGCUGCAGGUGUUGGACUCCGCCUUCGAACAGCUGGACAUCAAGGCUGGCAACUCGGACUCGGAGGAUGAGGAGACCAAUGAUCGCGUGGAGCCCAUUCUGGAACCCAAGGACCUGUAUGUAGACAGACCCCUGCCUUACCUGAUUGGCUCUCAGCUCUUUAUGGAGACAGACGAUGUGGGGUUAGGAGAUCUUUCGAGUGAAGAAAUGUCCAUAGAUAGUGAUCGGGACAGCGUGGCAGAGAGUGAAGAGGGCAAGAAUCGAGAUCAGUCAGACGAGGACUUUGACCAGGAGGAGGAUGGCCAAGGCAGCUUAAAAAAGAAAUCCUCAAUGCUGAGUUAUGAAGAUGAUGAGGAUGAGGAAGAUGAGGAUUCUGACAUCUUUGGAGAAUCUGACAAGGAAGAGGAGGAUGAAGGAAAGACUUCAGCUGCUCCGCCUUCCUUUGCUGAUGAGCUUGCUGCCAGGAUCAAAGGUGAACCGGUCCCCAAGCAGGAACCACAACGCCCAGCAUCAUCAUCCAUCUCAUCCAUGUCAAAGAAGAGUAAAGGCAGCAGAUCAGCUCGUCAGCCGGUUGAGGAGGAUGACGAUGAUGACACAAUCUUCAAACCUCCUAAGAUGGAGGAUGAUGACUACUCGCCGUUUGGAGGAAAAGGGGGCCUCUUCAGUGGGGGCAGAGGCUUGUUUGAUGACGAUGAUGAGGGAGAUCUGUUUUCUGAUGCUCCUAAGCCAGAACCCAAAGGAAAAGCACCAUCUUCAGACACAACCACAGAAUCUACAAAGUCUAAGAAGAUCCCCUCCAGUGGAGUGUCUGUCUUUCCUGAUAACAGUCUUUUUGGCUCCCCUAACAACUCUGAUACUCUCGAGAGCAAGGAGGCAAGUGAUCCCUUCAAACCCCAGCCUCCACCAAUGCCCAAAUCAGACAGCGGAGGCCUCUUUGAUGAGGAUGAGGAUGAAGACGACUUUUUCAGUGGGAGGACUGCCAAAAAGCCAAGCCCAAAACAACAGGAGAGCGUAAAAUCAAAGACAAACGUAGAUCUCUUCGGGGGUGAAGAUGGCGACGACGGGGAUAUAUUCAGUGAAAAUUCAAGUGCAGCUCCCACAAAGACGAGUAGAAAAGAAUCACCCACUGAUGCCAACAGCAAAAGUCAAGUACCAGAGAAGAAAUUGCCUGCUGGAGCUAUAUCCAUGUUCGGUCCCAGUACUAAAAGCUUAUUAGUAGAAGGACUCAGAAAACGACAGCCAUCCACCAGCGAGGAAUCUGAGAAGUCAGAGAAUGAACCUCCCAUGGACAUUAAACCGGCAGCCGUCACUAAGCCAGUGGAGAAGAAGGCCCAGAGCAGGGGUUUAUUCUCUGAUGAUGAGGACUCUCAGAUCUUCCCAAGCAUGACGAAGAGCCAGUCCAAACCUGAACCCACCACUCAAGUCAAGACUAGCAAAGCUGCCUCAUCGAUAUUUGACGAUGAGGAGGAAGAGGAUCUGUUUUCUUCAGCGUCCAAGCCAAAAUCCACUCAGGCUCAAACUGCCAAGCCGGUGUCAAAAACAGCCACUUCCUCCCUCUUCAGUGACGACGAGGACACAUGGGCGAGCUCCAGUUCCGCCCCGGCAAAGUCAGAAGUGAAGACGGGAGGCAUGAAGUCAAGCGUCAGCGCCCCCUCUUGUCUUCCAAGUGCAAAAGCAGCAAAGAAAAUCAGCCUUUUCGAUGACGACGAUGGAGAUGACCUGUUCGCCGCCACUAAGGAGACAAGCCAGAAAAAGUCACAAAGAGUGUCAUUACUCUUUGAAGAUGAGACUGGGAAUGAUGAGAAAGAUUCACUCUUUGGCUUCAAACCUGCUGCCAGUAGCACUCUGAUCACUGCAAAAGUGGCGUCUGUGGAGCCAGAGCCCCCCUCGCUGCCUGCUACCAAAGCACCAGAAGAAAAGGUCUCUGCACCUGUGCCUCAUGAGGAGGCACCUGCACCUGCACCUGCACCUGCGAACGCGGCCGCAGUAGAUGGACGCCCCCCACAGUCACCACCGCCGUCUUUGCCCAAAGAGGCCGAGCAGCCCAAGCCCAAGCCUGCUGGUGCUGUCAGUCUGUUUGGGGGCAUCGACGUGUUUGGCGGUAAAACUGAUGUUCUGCAGACUAAAGGUCUGCUGGAGGAGGAUGAUGAUGACUUCCUGAGUGAAGCUCCUGAAGCACCAUUGGCCAAAAGUGCCAAGAAAACCACUGUAAGUCUGUUUGAUGACGAUGAGGGCGAUGAGGAUGAAGAGACUAAUGGGGGUCUUCCCCCACCUGUAGCUACCAAGCCAGCCGUCAAGAAUACACUGAAGGAGUCGCGGUCGGGGAUCAGGAGCACGGGCGUCUUCCAGGACGAGGAGCUGCUCUUCAGUCAGACACAGCAGAGGGACAACGACCCUGAUGUGGACAUCUUUGCUGCAUCCGCCAAAUCCACUAGCCCCUUGCCUGCAGCAGGUAAACCGGCAGCUUCUGCUCUGUUUGGAGAUGAGGAGGAGGAUGACCUCUUUGCCACUACCAAGCCAAAAGUGCUUCCGAAAGUUGCUGAGAAGCCUCCAAAACCUGUGAAGGAUGAGUCAUCUGUCAAACCUGUCAGUGCCACCGCAUCAGCAGAGAAAGAGCAAGCUGCAAAGCCAGUUGAACCCAAAGGGCCAUCAUCUCGGAUUGGACAACUUCAAGCCAACCUGAAGCUCAACCCCAGCAGUCUUCUGCCAGGAGCAGCUGCCCCGCGCAUCAUCCCCGGUGGUGUGGGCGUCCUGCCCGGCCUGGUGCCCCCCUCUGCGGCCGCCUCCUCCUCCUCUGCCUCCUCCCCUGCCUCAUCCAGCGUGUCCCCCUUGCCCUCUCCUUCUCUCUUCAGCCCUGUCAGCAUCGCACCCUCACAGCCUCACACGCCCACAGAGGCAGCCGUGAGCUUUGACAGCCCAGCACAAAUCAACACGCUGCAAAGUGCCAACAAGGGGCGAACCAAGGGGUCGGUACGCCGGCGGCCCCAGACCAGGGCGGCGAGACACCAAGCAGCCCAACGCUGUGAGGAGGAGCAGAGGGACGAGCUCCCGGCAGAAGGAGCAACGGCCUCCAGUGUUGGAGAAACUCUCAGCCCAGCUGUGGAACCCCCAUCUCUAGCCACUCCUUCCAGCACGUCCUCGCCCCUACCCACCACCACCCUCUUCCCCCCGGCUGACUCCACUCUGGAAGAGGUGGACACCACUACGGUACCAGCAGCCGUCAGGCCCAAGAAGCCUCCUGUAGCCGCCGCUCCGGUGCCCGACGACGGGGCAGACCUCUUUGGCUCCGACGACCUCUUCGGCCUCCCUGCUCCCGCACCCAAACAAGCGCCUUCACCCAAGCCACCCAAGGCCAAGCCUCCAGCUGUGGAGGAGCGUCCUCCUGCUGUGGUGGAGCGUCCUCCGGCGAUCACUACAGACAAGGAUCCAGCCCCCUCCAUUUUUGACGACCAGGGAGGUGACCUGUUUGGGACGGGGAAGGCCAAGCCUGUGAAGAAGGCCCAGGCAGCGGCAUACCUCCAGGAUGACCUUGACGAGGACGACCUGUUUGGGAUCGGGAAAAGUGUCAGGAAAGCUUCAGCUGACAAGUCUAAUGCUGGAGACAGCGCUGCUAUACAGGACAUUUUCCAGGACAAAGUUGAAACGACUCCUAAAGCUCCCAAGAAGUCAAAAGAAAAAUCCCUGGAUACCAGCUUGUUUGAUGAUAAUGUUGACAUUUUUGCUGACCUGACUCCUAAAACAAAACCAAAAGAAAAGAAGUCCAAGAAGAAAGUGGAGACCAAAUCCAUAUUUAAUGAUGAUAUGGACGAUAUCUUCUCAUCAGGUCCCUCUAAGCCGGCAGCAAAGGCUCCUUCGAAGUCCAAGAAGGCUCAGCCUACCACUGAGCCCAGCUCAGCAGAGGACUCCAGCUCUAGUAUUUUUGAUGAUCCACUGAAUGCCUUUGGGGGAAAGUAAUUUUGUUUUUUUAAAUUUCCUUCAAUUAUUGUCGUCCAGACUCAUUUUUGUUGAGGACAAAAUAAGGGUUAAAGAGACUGUAUUAACACUGUUAUUAGAUUAUUUAUAAUUCCAUCAGUAACCUCUUGGACUAUAUUGAGGAUAUAUAGUUGGAGGAAGAAAAAAAAAAAAUCAAAUGUAGUGCCGUUGGUAGGCUCAUCUGAUUUAACAGGUUGUUUAAUAAUUAACUGCCAUUCUGUAAAUGUUCCAUUCGUUGUAAUAGACAUCAUGACAGCACUUUAAAAGGCAUGAAUUUUACCAUAUGUAGAUACUGUAGAUUGUCAUGUAUAGAAAUCAUUGAUCUGUGAACUUACAUUUUGCUAUGAUGUUGCUUUUAAAUUUCCAACUUGUAUCAGCUUGUGCCAUAACAUAGGACUGCAAAAUCUCAUUUCUGUGUCCUUAGAUUUUUUUGUUUGUUCAUUUUUUUCAAGCUGUUGAGAUUUGUAAUGCUGCAUGUGACAUUUUGAUUUUUGGAAACUAAAAUAUAUAUAUUUUAUGAAAAAAUAAAAUAUAAAAAUAUA